AUGGUGCUUCUUCAAGAGCCAGAGCGGGCUCAACAGCAGCUCGAGCAACUUUUGGUCCUGCGCGAGCGACUCACGCGCGAUGCCAAGAGCUCAAAGGCGACCGCCAGCUCCGCCAACCUCGACUCGCACUCGCCCGCCCUCCAGCAGCACCAACCUCUGAGCUACGCCGACGCCCUCAACCUCGUCCUCCCCUUUGCGACCUCGCCUCAGCAAGCCGUCCAGUCGGCCACGGGCAAAGCCGCAAACGCUCCCGUGCCCACCACGUCUGCCUUCGAGGCCCUCGACUACCUCCUCUUGCGCGCAAAAGCCGUCCUCACCGCGGGAGCUCACCCCGACGAGCUCUUGUCCGUCCGCGCCGACCUGUCCCUCGCGACCCUCGUGUCGCUCAGCGCCACCCUGUACACCGCCUGGGACAACCACAUCACCUCGGCACAACAGCGCCUCAAGUCGUGCUUGUCGACCAUCCUCGCCCUGGCCGCCCCGACCGUCCUCGACUUCCCGCAAGUCGCGCGUGCCCUCCAGGCCAAGGUCCUCGCCGACGCGUACGACAGCAAGCGCGGCCUCCAGGUGUUCGACGUCCUCCUCCGCCACACGGCCGUCGACGACUAUGCCACCUUUGCCGCGCCGCCGGUCGCCGGCGAGGAGGGCUCGGGCGACGACGUGCGCGAGGGCGUCGUGCGCCGGUUCCUCGUCGCCAUGCAGCAGAACGAGGAGAUGGCGCCCGUCAUCGGCAAGGUCGCCCUCGCGUGGAUCGACAAGUGCUGGGCGUCGGCGUCGGCGUCGUCGAGCGGCGACGAGACGUGGUGGGUCCGCCCUGCGCUCGCCGCAUGCCGCCACGGCGACGCGCGCACUCGCCACAUGGUGACGACCUACGUCCUCGGCGGCGUCUUUUCGAAGCGCAAGGCAGCUUUCCGCGCCAUCCUCGCCGCCGGCGGCUACCUGUUCGACGGCGACUCGAGCGCGGCGAGCAUGGACGAGCAGGACCUCGAGACGUCGCUCGCCCUCCUCAAGACGGGCAACGCGCUCAACCUCGUCGAGCUCGACGCGUCGACGACGUCGACCGCUGCGACCGACAAGGCGGCGCCGGCGGGCAAGGUCGCGCUCCCGACCGCGCUCCUCGCCGCGUGCCUGCACCACUCGUCGACGACGCUCCGCACCUCGGCCCUGUCCCUCCUCGUCCUGUCGGCCUCGUCGUCGCUCCUCUUCCCCCUCUCGACCUUCCCCCUCCUGCGCGCCUUCUACGCCUACUCGCUCGGCGACGACGAGGGCGAGUUCCGCAUGUCGACCAUUUCGCUCACGGGCCGCCUGUUCGUCCGCCUGCGCGACUCGUCGUGGCGCGCCAACCGCACCAUCGCCAAGGGCAAGGACGGCGUCGCCGCCGCCCAGCAGUACCUCGAGGCGGCGCAAGCCUGGAUCGCCUGGUUCCUCGACCUCGUCGCGCGCGACAACUUGAACCCGGCGAGGCCGUACCGUAUCAAGAUGGCCUCGCUGCGCAUGCUCGACCUCGCCCUCAAGGCUCGAGUCGACCCUCGGUACCGCGCCGACGUCGACGGCACCGCCGAGGCGGGCAAGGAGGGCAAGGCCGGCGGGAGCGCGAGGGACGCGACGACGGGCUACUCGUCGUACCGCAAGGGCACCCGCACCCAGACGCCCUCGUUCCAGGCGCAGCACCGCCAGAUCCGCGACCACGGCCAGGCGAGGACCGCCGCCUCGAGCCGCCCGUCGACGCCGUCUUCGUCCGACCGCGCAUCGUCCCCCUCUGCCGCCCCUGCCGAGCCCGACUUUGGCUGGCCGUUCGCCAUCCACCUCGUCAACGCCGCCACGACCCAGACCCUCCUCCGCCAGCUCCUGUCGACCUACACCGCCCUGCGCCACCUCGUCAUCGCGACGCUCGAGCGCUUCCCGGCGCCGUUGCCCGGCUACGAGGGCCCCGAGGGCGCCGAGCGCGCCAAGCGCGAGCUCCUCCUGCCCGCUCUGCGCAUGAUCCGCAGCGGGCGCGAGGCCGAGGCGAGCGCGGGCGCCGGCAUCGUCGGCCUCGUCUGGCGCAAGUGGGUCCUCGAGGGUCUCGAGGCGGGCUCGAGCGCUCGUGCCGCCAGCUCGUCGUCGUCGUCGUUCAGGCUCGGGCAGGUCGGCGGCUGGCAGGAGGGCCCCGAGACGCUCGCCGGCCCGCGCGGGUUCGCCUUCAUCUCGUCGCUCCUCGACCUCAUCGAGCAGCAGCUGUCGCACUACCACGCCGAUCUCGCCCAGGCCGCCGCCGCCGCCCCGAUGCACGGCACCCUCCUCGCGCUGCGGCACCUGUUCGUGUCGAUCCCGCCGCACGCCCUCGACGGCGAGCUCCUGUCGACGCCCGACGAGCGCCGCGCCCUGUUCCACCGCGCGAGGGACGUCGUGCAGCGCGUGUGGGACGUCACGAGCCCGGUCCUCGCCGCGAGGGCGCCCGAGGGCGGGGCGGCCGACGCCGGCGCCGAAGGCGAGGCCGACAAUGAGGAGGCCCGAGCGAUCCGGUUCGAGCGCGAGAAGAAGGCGGCCGCGGCGGCAGGUGGCGCGAGUGCGGCAGACGUCGAGGGAGCGGACGACGAGGAGGUUGCGCCCGGGUCGGGAGGCGUGCAGCACAAGAUCAUCCUGAGCGCGUGCUGGAGGGCCAUGAAGGAGGCUGGUGAGCUCCUCGAGACGAUCCUGCGCAUCCCGUCAGAGCUCGACACGGCGUCGUUCCGCCAGGUGUGGAGCUACGACGAGAUCCGGGCCAUCGGCGAGCUGUUCGGCACGUGGUUGCGCCUCGCUCGCCACCGCGGCACGGUCGCCAACUUGCAUCCGUGCUACACGCGCUGUGCGGCGGCGCUGCUCGCGGCGGGCAAGGAGUGGCCCGAGGUCGGCAAGUUGCCUGAGCGGUGGCUCGACCAACACCUGGAGGACAUCGUCUCGGCGCGCAUCUCGAUCACGCGCCGCUCGGCCGCCCUCCCCUUCAUCAUCCUCGGCCUUCUCCUCACCAUCCUUCCCUCGUCUCGCCCGACGUUCGACGCGGCCUUUUCUCGCCUCUUCGAGAUCGCCGAGUCGACGACGCCCGACAUCACCGACUCGUCGCGCGUCCACGGCAUGAACACGAUCCGCACCGUCUUCCUCGACGCCAAGGGCGGCCUCGCAGCGGCACCCUACGUCGAGCGCGGCUUCCUCGUCUCGAUCAGCCUCUUCUGGUCGCCAAACUGGAUCUGCCGCAACGUCGCCCUCCUCCUCUUUGCGACCCUCAUCACUCGCGCCUUCAACGCUCGCCGCACCAACCUCGAGCGCAACCCGUCGAGCCUCGCCAAGCGCCUCACGAUCGACGACUUCUUCGGGCAGUACCCGUCGCUCGAGAAGGUCCUCCUCGCCGAGCUCGAGCGCGGUUGGCGCGAGAGCCAGGACGCCCAAGCUUCGUCAAACCUGCACUCGCCCCUCUUCUCCAUCCUCAUGCUCUUCUCCCUCCUCCAGACGCCGCGCCGCAUCGUCGACUUGGCUGGCUUGCCGACUGCGUCUCGCUACUCGGCGCCGUUCCUCCCGAUCGUCAAGGCGUGCGCAAAGAGCCGCGUGUGGAAGAUUCGGGACGCCGCAGGAGACGCCCUCACCGGGCUCGUCGCGCCCGACGAGGUCGGCGCAACGGCGGCAGAGCUGCUCGAGGGCAUCGAGGUGGACAGGGCGAGCAUGCCGGUCGAUGAGCUGCACGGUCGUCUCGUCCAGAUCCAGCGUCUGCUCGAGGCCAACGUGCUCCUCCCAAAUGUCGAGGAGAAACAGGCCUCGGCCGUCUACCUUCGCCUCGUCCCGUCCAUCCUCCCUCCGACAGCGACAACGACCGCAGCUCUCCGUCCUACCCUCCCCUACGCCAUCCUCUCCUCCUUCCUCCUCAUCGCCCUGCGACUUCCCUCGACCCUUUCGUCCGCGUCGUCGCCUCUCGCCGACCUCACCCUCUCGUACCUUUCGCAAGCCGAGAACUGGAGCGCCGAGGCGUACCACCUCCCGAGCGCAGAGGAGCUCCUCCGCUCGAGCUGGCAGGUCCUGUUCGCGUCGGCGGCCUCGGUCGCCGAGCAGGUCGCGCUCGCCAAGGGCGGCGUCCAGGCACGCAGCAUCGAGGUGCAGCGCGCCGCUCUCGCCGCGCUCGAAGGGCUUGGUGACGCGGCGCGACCGGCAGCAGAGCUGCUUGCGAGCGUCGUGCUCGACGGCAAGUACGCCGGCGACGUGCGGGUCCAGGCGGCCGAGCUCGUCCGGUCGCUCGGCGGCGCAGGGCCCGCCUCGUCGUCGUACCAGGCGCUCGCAGAGCUCCACGAGGAGACGCCGAUCGUGCCCUUGAGGGAGGCGGUCCUGCCGUUGUUGGCGGGAGCUGCUCGGAGCGAGGACGAGCGGCGCACGGUCCUCGAGGUGCUGCGGGUCGCGAGCGGCGUGGACGAGUCUGUCGAGUCGCGAGAAGCCGCCUCGCUCGCCCUGCUCGCCCUCUCGCCACACUCGUCCCUCCCUGCCGCUCUCGCCCCGUCGUACCUGCACCUCGUCGCCCGCCUCAUGCAGGACGACGACCCCGUCGUGCGCGAGAACGCCGAGCGGGCUUUCGGCGCGAGGCUCGUCGAGGGCAAGGCGGUCGAGCGCGCGGUUGAGGAAGGAGGCGAGGCGACGAGGGACUUGCUCGCGGUUGAAGCACGAGCCGACUUUGAGCGCGACCUGUCGGCCCUCGAGAACCCGACCUCGCUCCUGUUCGCGAUCGAGCGGAGCAACAUUUUUAUCGACUUUGCCGUCCUCGACUCGCUCCUCCUGUCCUCGGCCCCUUCGUCGUCGUCGUCGGAAGCGCUCACGGCGCUGCGCAAGCUCAACGAGGCGAGCAAGAACCUUGACGAGGGUCCGCUCGGGACGGGCGGGAACGAGCUCGUGUCGCGGUGGGCACGGUCGUGGGUGCAGCGACUCGACGUCGCGCAGGGAGAUGGCGCUGAGCAGGAGGAGGAGGCAGUGCGGCGGCUGAGAGGGAGCGCGUAG